AUGCCUUUGUCUAGGCACGACUCCGGUCAAUCCGGGAGAAAGGUAUCUGAAUAUCAUCAGGCAGCUCCUUCGAGGUCGCCUCACCGGCCUAUUACUCCUCACCAGUCCGAUCCAACCGCCAGCCCAAGUGGUGGCAAUGCUCUGUUUGUGGAAGACCGAAGAGGAGACCGUCAAAAUCUAGCGUACGGGGCCUUGGAUCGCUACGCGGUGCCACGCUAUCGUCCUUCUGGUGGAGGUGCACUCGUUGGCCUCGACCGCAGAUAUCGUAUCACUUCCCGAAGCGAGACUCGUUAUGAAAUUGAGAAUGUGGAAACUGACUCCAGCCGAAGGACACGUAAGCAGUCUCUCCUGUCGGCCGUGGUCAGCGAGGAUCCUCCACCCUUGAAACCAAAACAAACCAGUGACAGUGACUUACAAAAGGACUUCCUGGAGCUCGAUAAUGGGCAUUCGAGGAAGCGAAGACGGAUAACUGACAGAUCCUGCCCACAGUUGUCUGAUACAGAUGGAGAAAGCUCUGUCAGCUCCGAGUCUGAUGCAAAAGACUUGAACCACGAUGCGUUUGAAGCCUUCAAGCAAGACCCCGUCCAUCAACGACACGUGGAACUUUCCAGGGCCACCGUCGAGAAUCCCCAGGAUCCCGAAGUAUGGCUGGCUUUCAUUGAGUACCAACAGACGUACUUCAGCCACGAGCAAGGGCUUCGAACCUCAGGUAUCACCGCUGGAAGAAGUCUCAUCGACCUGAAAAUUUCACUGUACGAACAAGCACUCUCACAUGUCAAAGACGCCAAAGGACGACAAGCCCUGAUAUUAGGUAUGAUGCAGGAGGGAAGCAAGAUCUGGGACGCUGAGAAACAGGCUUCACAGUGGCGGAAAUUCCUCCACAAGGACAGCUCUUUUGAACUCUGGGUCCUGUAUCUGAAUUUUGUACAGAGUAAUCAAGUCAGAUUUACAUUUGAAAGCUGUCUGGACCUUUACAAGACCUGCCUCAAGAACUUUCAAUCUUACGAAAAAGGCCGCCGGCGAGAUAUGUGCUGCGUCUACCUUGUCCUCCGUUGUACUCUACUCUUUGGGCAAUGCGGGUUCACCGAGGAAGCCAUUGGAAUCUGGCAGGCUCUUCUCGAAUACAAUUUCUUUCGGCCUGAAAAGCCAACAUCUGAGGAGCUGUUCGAAUCUUUCCAACAGUUUUGGGAAAGCGAGGUCGCACGCAUUGGUGACGAAGGUGCCACCGGAUGGAAAUCUAUGUCGAGCGCAGAUUUGGAAGCGAACACAGAUAGGAAGGCUUUCGAAAUACCUUCUGGUGAUAUUGCCGCUUGGGCAAAUGCCGAGAAUGAUAUGGACCGUUGUGCAGCCAUGCCGGCACGGUCUUUGGAUGACGUGGAUGAAGCGGACCCAUACCGAGUGCUUUUGUUCUCUGAUAUCAAAGACUUCUUGUUUGCGACAGACACACCCGAAGGUUCACGGCUGCUUCAAGACGCGUUUCUGCUCUUCGUGGGGCUACCUCCGUUGUCGGAUUUGCCUGAACCGAGACAGUGGAGAGGAGAUCCUUUCAUCUAUACUCAGCUGCAUGCUGCUGCAAACUGGUCGCUGUCGGUGAUGUCCAAACAGGACACUUUUGACUUGGCCGACGUCCUUUGUGAGACUGGACCUUCGUUGCCCAUGAAUGUGCUGUCCACUUCACGAACAGUCACCCGGUACUGUUUGCAUUUUGUCCGCCGCUGCCUUCUCCAGCUCGCCAUAGUGGCCUACGGUGGAGGAAUGGUUGAGUCAUUGCCUGUGUUCGCUAUCUCUCUAGAAUCACGAAUCGACCCGAAAGCUGCCAGGAAACAAGCAAAAGCGAUCCUAAAACGAAUUGACAGCCUCAGCUUAUACAACGCAUAUGCCAUCCUCGAGUUCAAAGCGGACAACUUUGACAGUGCGGAGAGGGUGUGGUUCACCGCAAUCUCUAUGAGCGAGUCACUUGGAUCAAGUGCUGAGGGCAGGACUUUCUUGCUUUGGCGUGACUGGGUGUGCUCGUACAUGUACCGGAAGCAAUUUGCUAGGGCGAACCUGCUGUUGAGUAUGUUGACGGAUCGUCGAGUUGAUGUCUUCAGGUUGCACGACGACAUGACGACCAGUACUCCCUCAGCCGCAAAGCAUAUCAAAACUGAACACCAUCUCAAGGCACAACUCGAAUGGAACAUUUCUCGCCGCCGUGCGGAGUUGCUGCCUAUCUUGAUUGACCUGUUGGCGGUCCACAGGUAUCUCACGCAGAACCAGCGCUUAGAUUCUGCUCUGGACAUAUAUGAAACAUACUUGCAGGUCCUCGGUGAGAGAUGGACAAGCCAGGACCCCGUGGUGGAAGCUGUGCAUGAGCGCCGCGCACAGAUCAUGCACGCUCACGCAACAGUGUUUAGCUUGCCCUACAAGCCAAAGACGUUUCACCAUAUACUGACUGACUCAGCACGGGCGUUUCCUCACAACCUCCGCCUUCUAAUGCUACAACAUCAUUAUGCGCAACAAUCGGGGCUGUUCGACCGGCUACGUGAAGUCGAUCCUCAUCCUCGGGGUCUACGGCAGGCAGAUCGCGGAGACAGUAGCGUGGUGCCGUGCCUCUUCGAUCUUUUGAAAGAGUUGACAAGACCAUCUUAUGCUGGAAGCACAGAUCACAGCAUUCGCUCAGCAUUCAAGCGAGCUACAGACCAGGAGGCAGCAGGAUACCAUUCCUUGGCCAUCUGGAAGGCUUAUCUGAUGUGGGAGCUUUCUGUUGCUUCCAGAGGAGGACGCCCAACAGAAACUACCAAACCUUCUAGCGACUUCAAAAAACACCAUGGAACCCAGACGCUGACAGAGGUGUUCUACGCUUCAUUGAGGGCCUGCCCGUGGGCUAAAGAAUUGUACAUGUUGGCUUUUACCGAGGAGCCGCUGCGCAACACCCUAGGGCUGGAAUCUCUCAAGCGAAUCUAUGGCAGUAUGCAAGACCGAGGAUUGAGGCUGCAUAUUGACUUGUCUGGGUACUUAAAGUAG